AAUGUUGACGGAAAUGAAUGAAGAGCGUGGAUGUGGCAUGGAUGGAGAGCUGGUUACUGAGGAAACUCUACUGAUUCCAUUUGGGGCUAAGCAGCUGUCUGCAGUGCUGUGCAGACCUACUGUCCCACUGCAGGAUGGAGCUGAUGUUGGGGUCAUUUUAUCCCAUGGAGCCGGAGGAGACAUGAACUUCAGACAGUUGGUUUCUCUUGCUCACACUUUAGCAGCUAAGGGCUUCCUCUGUCUGCGAUUCACAUGUAAAGCGCCAAAUCUGGUUUACAGAGUAAAGGCCUAUAGUGCUGUCUGGGACUACUUGAAGACAGAGUUUCCUAUAAUAAAACAUAUCUAUCUUGGUGGCAGGUCAAUGGGGUCCCGUGUGGCCGUGGCUCUGCUCCGACAGUUGAGUGAUGGCACAGAGGAUGCAGCUCGGGGCCUUAUCUGCCUCUCCUUUCCUCUGCACACCGCCUCACAGAGAGACACCUAUCACCAGCGCAGCCAGGACCUCCGGCAGCUGCCUCAACAAACCACUGUCCUCUUUGUGUCAGGGACCCAAGAUGACAUGUGUGAUAGAGAUCUUUUGAACAAAACUGUGGAGGACAUGAAGGCUCAGGUUGAUGUCUUGUGGCUAAAUGGGGGCAGCCAUGGACUCGCUGUAAAAGGGAGAUCUGAGGAUUCAGUGAUGGAGGAAGUCAACUCAUAUGUGACCAUGUGGAUUAGUAAGCAAGUAACUAGAUAGGCAUAUCUUUUGAUUUCAAAGUAUAU